CAGUUGCGUUGAUGCGUUAAUUUCUCGUAUAAAUAGAAAUAACAAUUUCAACAUCAACAUCAUUCGAUUGCGUUCAGUUCAGUGGACCACAGCCAAACAGCAAAAAAAAUAUAAAUUUUUUGAUAAUAAUUCAUAAUUUGGUUACACCGAAAAUGAAAAUCGCAUUCGUCACUUUGUGCCUUGUGGCAGCCGUUGCCGCAAUUCCUUUGCAACAGCAACGCCUGAGACGUGAUGUCUCCGAAAUUGUAGCGGAACCUUUGAAUGAAUACCUGCCGCCAGCAUCUGAGGCUGCUGAACCACAAAACAUUUAUUUGCCACCUGUGGAAUCGGUUACCGAACCAGCAGAGCCAGUUGCCGAAGAAGAAGUUCCAAUUGCAGAAGUUAACAGUGCCGUAGAACCUGAAGUCGUCGAAGCCGCUACCGAAGCAGUACCCGAGUCGGCCGUGCUCGGCGAGAAUGGCUAUGAAUACCGUACCGUACGCAAGCUCCGUUUCCGUCAGCGCCGCGACGUAUCACACUUAAACCUCGGUUACUUGCCACCAAUAGCAAAUGCCAAGCUAGCCAACAGUUAUUUGCCACCUAAUUUAGAUGUGCCCGAGGAGAUUCCACAACUGAAAAUUGCCAAUGAAUAUUUGCCACCUGUCAAUGAAGAGGUCCCCGUUGAAGAACCCACAGCCGAGGCUGUUGAAACUGAAGCACCAGAGACAGAAGCACCAACCACCGAAGCAGUCGCAACAACAACCGAGGCAGCCACCACAACUGAAUCAGCACCUGUGGAAUCAGCCGUAUUCGCUGAUGAUGGUUAUCACUACAGAAAGCCCGCAGUGUUGCCCGACUUGGGUUUGUUGCCGUUGGUUAAAGUAGCCGAACCAGACGCAGCACCAGAGGCUGUAGCUGAGCCAGAACCUGUACAGGAUACAGAAGUCAUUGAUUCAGAACCCGAACCAGUUGUAGAGCAAGAGCCCGAACCAGUUGAAGUAUCCGAGCCAGUAAUUGCUGCUGAGCCCGAACGCGCCUACUUGCCGCCACUAGAAGAGGGUGUGGUCGAAGCUGAGGGUCCAGAGGGUGAGACAGCUGCUUUGCUCGAUGAUGGCUAUCACUACCGUGUGGUCAAACGUGUUCGAUUGUUUUAGAGCUAUGCUAAAUAAGUACAGUUAUUAGAAUAUUAAGAUUUUAGCGAUUUUAUUUUCUAUCUUCCGAUUUAAUUUUAAUCUUUUUACUUAUCCAUAAAUUGUUGACUUAUUUGUAGCACACAUUCUCAACAAUCACACCAACACUUAUAUAUUUAGUUAUUGAAAUUGGUUAUUCAUCUUAUAUACAUAUAUGGAAAAUACACAUACAUAUUUACAAGACAAA